AUGGAGAAAGUUAAAGAAGCUGGACAGGCCGUAUCCGAAAAAGUUAAAGAAGUAUCAUCUGGUGCAUCAUAUGAAGCAAACAAAUCAGCUGCAAAAGAUAGUGAUCGAACGGUUGGUGAUCGAGUUGGACAUGGAGUCGAUGCUGCAAAAGACAAAAUUGAUGAAAAAUCACAUGAAGCUAAAAAGGAAGGACAUAAAGAAGAAAGUGGCAUUCUCGGCACAGCUGUUGAAAAAGUAAAAGAUGCCUAUAAUUAUGUAGCUGAAAAAGCUCAAGAAUUAACAAGUGGCGCAUCGUAUGAAGCAAAUAAACAAAAAGCAAAAGAUAGCGAUAAUCGUGUUGGAGAAAGAAUUGGUGCUGGUAUCAAUGCAGUUGGUGACAAAAUUGAAGAGAAAUCGCAUGAAGCACAAGCAAAAUGUCAUAAAGAAAAACUUUAA